AUGCCCGAUCUAUUCCACCAAGGCCCGCUUUGUCACCCUGUCCGGUCGUCCGACAACCCUUACAACAUCACUUCACAAGACCUCGAGCCAACCUACUGUGCAGAUCACAUCAACGAUGAAGGCACUGGCCUGGGUUGUUCACACUACAGCAGGAAUGUCAAGGUACAAUGCUUCGACUGCAACCAAUGGCAUCCGUGUCGGCACUGUCACGACGCUUCGCCCAAUCUACCCUUUCCUCAUGGACUCAAUCGCAAGAUGACACGCAACAUGCUAUGCAUGCUUUGCAGUACCCCUCAGCCUGCCGGUCCCACAUGCACCAAUUGUGGCGUUGACUCUGCCUACUACUACUGCUCAAAGUGUAAGCUGUGGGACAACGACAGCACGAAAAGCAUCUAUCAUUGCGAUGAUUGUGGUAUUUGUCGUCGUGGCGAAGGCCUAGGCAGGGAUUACGUCCACUGCAAACGUUGCAAUGUCUGCAUCUCGAUAUCCACCAGCAGUACCCAUCCUUGCGUGGAAAGAGCUACAGAUUGUGAUUGUCCGUUAUGUCUCGACUACCUCUUUUCCUCAUCACUACCGGUGGUGAGUCUGGCUUGCGGCCACUACAUGCACGGAAGCUGCUACAAAGAUCUCAUGCACGUCACAUACCGCUGUCCAGUAUGCAACAAAUCCGCUGUCAACAUGGAACUACAAUGGCGCAAACUCGACGAUGAAAUACGUCUACAACCCAUGCCCGAAGAUGAAUUCGAAGAUUCUGCCGCUGCAAAGGCAAACCCUACACAUCGCCGCGUUCCUCGAAAAGUGUUUGUGGGCUGUAAUGACUGUGGAGGAAGAGGCUGGUCCGCCUUCCACUGGUUGGGGCUCAAAUGCCCCCAUUGCGACGGCUACAAU